CGUGGGACGCACGAAAUUUAUCCGCUGACCUUUCUAGUAACUCCUAGUAAUCACAGUUUCAAGUCCUGAUUUGGAACAAGGUUUCGCUUUUUCAGAGUCGAAGGAAGGUAUUCUCAAAUGCCAAUCUUCUACUUGUAUGCAUUGCUUACUGUCAAAUAAUUUUCAUGCCUCUGCAGCAUCCUUCAUAGCACAAAAAAAGUUUUGAGCAUUAGGUUUCUGAGGCAGAAUGGCAGUCGAUUUACCUCCUGCAUUUGGAUGGGUAGUCCUUAGUGCUCUGGCAUACGUUUUUUUCAAUUUCUGGAUGGCUAUACAGGUUGGAAAGGCCAGGAAAAGGUAUAACGUUCCAUAUCCAACCUUGUAUGCAAUUGAAAGUGAGAAUAAAGAUGCCAAAAAAUUUAACUGCGUCCAGCGAGGACAUCAGAAUUCUCUGGAAAUGAUGCCAGUGUUCUUCCUGCUUCUCAUUUUGGGUGGUUUACAGUACCCUGUUGUCUCAUCCAUUCUUGGCGUCUUUUAUUGCCUAGCACGAUAUUCCUAUUUCACAGGCUAUUCAACUGGUGAACCUCAGAAUAGAUUGACUUAUGGGAAAUUCAACUUUUUGGCCAUCUUGGGGUUGAUGCUCUGCACUCUAUCAUUGGCAUUUGGUCUUCUUCUUAAAGCUCCUCAGUAGGAGCAGUUUCGCAUUCGACUCCAUCUAGAUUUGAAAGGUUUCUAAAGAAAAGCAGGCAUCAACUUCUUAAGGGAAAUAAAUUUGACAUAGUUACUUAACUCUACAAUCGUAGAGUUUUACAAUAGAAGUAGCUUCUCUUCUAACACCUGCCAUAGCUGAAUGAUUUACACUUUACAUAGAAAGCAACAUCUUAAACUUUUUUAAUGAGAAAUGAUUUUAACAUGGUAGUUAAAUGCUAUAAUGUAGCACUUUCACUUGUGUUGAUGAGAUGAAUUAUAUUUCUUGAGUAUUUGAAAUUCAGACAUUGGAUCAUUUGGUGCUUAGAAGUUUUCCUUUUUCUUUAUAUGUGACGGUGUAUUAUAGGAUUUUGCAGUGGGGCAUUGAAUAUGGCUCCACGUGUUGCAACAGCUGUAAUUUAUACACUGGAGUUUAAGUUUACUUCUGUGGCCAAUAUGAAUAAAUUUCUUUUCUA